CGUGUGCUUCAGAUAGAACGUAUAAUUGCACAAAAGUUUGUGGAAACUGUCGAAUUACUCACGAGUGUUAUUUUCCGACAACUACAAGUGUUAACUGCUAUAAUGAAAAUUUUAAUGAAUGUCCUACUUCAG